AUGAGUUCAAACGACAACCUGACGCCUCUGUCAAAGGAGGAAUUGACGCAGCUGGCAUCAUUGGCGAUAGAGGCAAAGGAGAAGGCAUACUGCCCAUACUCGAAUUUCCGUGUUGGUGCCGCUGUCCUGCUCUCAAGCGGCACAUACCACACGGGAGCCAACGUCGAGGUGGCCAGCACACCGGUGGGGAUCUGCGCCGAGCGAUGUGCCAUCGCGCCGAUUGUGGCCUCGAUUAAACGGCCGGACAUGCCUGUCUUGCGAGCUAUUGCGGUCAGCACCGAUAUCACUCCUCCCGCAAGCCCCUGUGGCAUGUGCCGACAAUUCAUCAAUGAAUUUGCCUCUACGGGAGAUCUACCGAUUUACAUGUAUGGCAAGGAGGGUCUCGAGGGCGAGGUUGUGGUCAAGACGAUUGGGGAGCUGUUACCCAUGAGUUUUCGGAGGAACGAUUUUGAGAAGAAUCGGGGGGUGAUUGCAAGUUGA